UCCUGGUUUUCUUCUCCCUCUUCCCCUCUCCUCGCUCCCCGCGCCCUUUCCUCGCCCACUGGCCACCAGCGACACCUCCGAUCGCCCGGCUCCUCCCGACCCGACACCGCCUCCGCCCCGGCUUUGUGUGUGCGUACGCGGCAGCCGCCACCUGGGGCCGGUGGCGGUGUGACCCCGCAAACCAUGCGGCUCCCCGGGGGUCCCGCCGCCGCCCUCCUGCCCCUUUGUCUGCUCUGCCUCCAGGCUGCGCUGCCGCUCCGCGCCCACCGCGGAGGAUACGCCGGUGAUAAAGUCAUACGAGUUGUUCCCGAGAACGAGAAGCAAACGCAGAUCCUGAGGGCUGCAUUCAACAGGCUUAAGGUGGACCUGUGGCAGCCCAGCAGCCCCUUCUACAUCACCGAAGGUACGGUCACCGAUGUGAGAGUACCACAGAACACGUCCCGGAGCCUGCUGCCCUACCUCCAGCAAGCAAACAUCCAGUACACGAUUCUCAUAUCAGACCUACAGAAAGCAAUAGAAAACCAAACUGCAUCGAGGUCGCAUCGGAAUCGAAGGUCCCUCUCUGAGUAUAACUAUGAAGUGUAUCACUCCCUGGAAGAAAUCCAGGAUUGGAUGCAUCACCUGAAUGAAACUCAUUCAGAUCUUGUUCACAUGUUUUCUGUCGGAAAAUCCUAUGAAGGGAGACCACUGUUUGUGCUCAAGAUAGGUAAAAGAUCCCGGCCCUACAAGAAAGCUGUCUGGAUGGACUGUGGGAUUCAUGCAAGAGAGUGGAUCGGCCCUGCCUUUUGCCAGUGGUUCGUGAAAGAAGCUCUUCAGACGUACCAGACUGAUCCUGUCAUGAGAAAGAUGCUAACUCAGCUGUAUUUCUAUGUCAUGCCUGUAUUUAACGUGGAUGGAUAUCACUUCAGCUGGACACAUGAUCGAUUUUGGAGAAAAACAAGAUCAAAGAACACGAGGUUUCGGUGUCAUGGUGUUGAUGCUAAUCGCAACUGGAAAGUGAAAUGGUGUGAUGAAGGUGCUUCAUUUCACCCAUGCGAUGACACCUACUGUGGUCCCUUUCCUGAGUCUGAGCCCGAAGUAAAGGCUGUUGCUCAUUUUCUCCGGAAGCAUCGCAAACAAAUAAAAGCCUAUUUGUCCUUCCACGCGUACGCGCAGAUGCUGCUCUACCCUUACUCUUACAAAUAUGCAACUAUUCCAAACUUCAGCUGCGUGGAAUUGGCAGCCUAUAAUGCUGUUAACGCUCUUCAGUCAGCCUACGGUGUACGAUACAGAUAUGGUCCUGCAUCUAGCACUUUGUAUGUGAGUUCUGGGAGCUCUAUGGACUGGGCCUACAAAAAUGGCAUCCCCUACGCGUUUGCCUUUGAGCUGCGUGAUACUGGCCAUUUUGGAUUUUUACUUCCCGAGAUGCUGAUCAAGCCAACCUGCACAGAGACCAUGCUUGCAGUUAAAAAUAUAACUCUUCAUCUGCUGAAGAAAUGUCACUGAGAGCUAUUUCUAGGAGCACUUACUCCCCAAGUGCUGAUGCCUUGCAGUGUGUUUGGUUGCCAUUCUAAGCUUGGCCACUUCAAUAUUACGGAAGCUAAUGGGAAAUGUGGUGGUGUUUCUACCAGAUCUGCCUGGUGGAAAACCAAAAAUAUCAUUUAAUAUCUGCGCUACAAAAGUCCAUAAAGUUGAUAUACUAACUUAGUUACCAGUUUGGAGUAAAAUAGUCUGUUAUUUUUGCAAUAAAGCUUUGAUUCUGCAGCUCCAGCUGGGCAGGCCCAGGUCCACAUACAGGUGCCUGAAAUAAAACUCCACUUCCAGCCAUUCCCUGGCCAUACUGCUUUCCCUAGAAGGAAGAAUUCCCUUAGUGAGGAGUCUCUCGAACCAAGGGAUAAAGUUUACAUUCAUGUAUAUGUAGUGUGUCUAAUGGCAGAAAAUGUCAGUACUGUAAAAUGUCAGUACAUAGUAAAUGACAGGCCUGUGGCAGUAAAUGGCAUAUAUUGCAGCUGGCCAUGCUGCAAGUGGCAACGUGGCUUUGUUCUGCACAUAUACAGAUAUAUGUAUAUGCACUUUUGCUAUGGUUUUUUUCAUGUAAUGGAAGAAUUUGACCCAAGGUUUCCUUUAACUGUUUAGCGAAACCUAUUUUCAAAUGUAUAUAUUGUGGGGGGCAGGACUCAAGAUCAACAUAUUGCCUUUGAGACAUAACUUUCCUAGAGCUGCGUAAGAAUGAUAAUGAAAUAUUAUUGAGACAUACAAUACUCUGCUUUAUGGAGAGACCAGAACUGACAAACCAACUUGCCAUGACUUAGGACUUGGAAACAGGGGGUCGCCUGGUGCAUCUGGGUUCUGCUCUAGUCAGCGUCUGCCCAUUCCCACCAGCUGAAGAUCUAGCCUUAAACUGUAAUUACCUGAUGUUUUAUUUAUCGGCAUUCUUGCAGUGAGUUCUGUAGCUCUAUGGCUGCGUGGCUGUUCUUCUUGGAAGGCGUAUUUUUUGCAUGUUUUAAUGGAAUUAAUAAUAGAUUCUUAAGUGAGCCGGAGGUGAAAGCAGAAGCUUUACAGCUGAAAUACAGUGAAUAAGCACCAUGUUUGAAAGAAUAUUAACAAAAGCACAAAGAAUAUAACAACUUGUUGAGGGGUUUUUUUGGUACUUUUAAAAUAGUAUUUUUUGAUCUUAUUAUAUCUGCAAAAGCAUAUAUUUUACUUUAUUAAUUUCGAGUUUAAUCUUAUGCCAUAACAUGUUAAAUAAAACAUAUUUGUUAAUAAAA